AUCCAGCUGCUGUCGCUGCCAUGUACUGUUAUUCAGCUCAUUCGGACAUUUGUAUCACUUGGUUUUGUUUUAGCAGACAUGGCAGCAGCUGACGUUAUCUCAAACCAGAAUGUGGUAGAGAGGGUGACCAACCUGCCUCUGGUCAGCUCCACCUACGGGCUGGUGUCCAGCAUGUACUUCAACACCAAGGACACCCACCCGUACAUCAAGACCGUGUGCGAGGCUGCAGAGCAAGGAGUCCGCACCAUCACCUCCGUGGCCUUCACCACUGCUUCACCCAUCAUGGACAAGCUGGAACCUCAGAUUGCCAUUGCCAAUGACCUGGCCUGUAAAGGUUUGGACAAGAUUGAGAAAACCUUGCCAAUUCUUCACCACCCACCUGAGCAGAUUGUGUCCAAUGCUAAGGAUGUGGUAAACGCGGCCAAAGGUGUUGUGACAGGCACAGUCUCUGACACUCUCACCAGUGUGGUGGAAAAGACUCGGGGUGCGGUGCAAGGCGGGGUGGAGAAGACCAAGGCUGUCGUCAGCGGGAGUGUCAGCACGGUGCUGGAAAGCCGAGUGGGCCGGCUGGUGAGUAGCGGAGUGGAUACGGCCCUGAGUACGUCUGAGAGCCUGGUGGAGCAGUACCUGCCUCUGACGGAGGAUGAGCUGGAACUGGAGGAGAAAUCUUCCCAGGGCUUUGAUAAGAAGGAGCCAAGCUACUACGUGCGCCUGGGUUCUCUCUCCGUUAAGCUGAGGAAGCGGGCGUACACCAGCGCUGUAGCCAGAAUCCGAGAUGGCAAGCAGCGCAGCAUGGAAUUCAUUACUGAGCUCAACUCCACUGUUGACCUGAUUCAGUCUGGCAGAAAUAACAUCGACAGGACUAACCAGAUGGUUAACAGCAAGCUCAGCUCCGUGUUGUCGUGGAAGUCCAGUAGUCCAGACCAGGAGGACAGUCACAAGGCAGAGGUAAUCGAGUCUCGCACUCUGGCCCUGGCACGGUCCCUGACCCAGCAGCUGCAGACCACCUGCCUGGUCCUGGUCUCCAGCCUGCAAGGUCUCCCCAACCACGUCCAGCAGGAGGCGCUCUCCCUCGGCCGCUCUGCCACUCGGGUCUACAGCAGCUUCAGCAAAGCCCGGGUGGUGGGAGACCUGCCAGACAGCGUGCUGAGCAGCAGCCAAGUCCAGCUGGGCAAAAUCAAACAGUCCCUGGACAACGUCAUGGAUUACUUGGUCAACAACACGCCGCUCAACUGGCUGGUGGGUCCCUUCUACCCCCGCAUGCCUCCUGAGCAGACUCCUGCUACUCCGUCCUCCAGCUCUGCCUCCACACAGCUACACCGAGAGCAGCAGGAGCCCAUGGAGGUAGAGAUGGAGUCACUAGGUUCCCAACAGCAGAAGCAGCAGUGAUCACAGCUGUGCGCUCAUGUUUGUGGCAAGGCUUGUGACUGCUCUGUAGAUUUAACGUAGUGAGGCUUGAGAUGAAGACAGGAUGUAGAGCGCUGAUGUAGCUCCAUGCUUUAUGCUAUUUUAUACUUCAAAAAUAAAGUUUUUGCUCCAAUCA